AUGGCGGCCCCAGCGCCCGCACUGAAGACGCCUUCGGGCGGCCCCGGCAAGCGAGCCCUCCACUCGGUGCUCCUCCUCCCGACCUGCGACGCCACCAGCUCUCUGCUUCUGCGUGAGCUCGCCUGGCGGCGGACUUCAAAUUUGGCUCGGGAUUAUUUCCCUGCGGUGGAGGCCGCAAUCAACCACCCGGUCAACACGCGCCUGCGCGCCUCCCACACCCAGCUCUCUCUGGGCUUCUAUUACCACCGAGACCACGUGGCUCUGGAGGGCGUGGACCACUUCUUGGGCAAGUUGGUGCGGGAGAAACGCGAGGCUGCACAGUGUCUCUUGCAGAUGCAAAACCGGCGUGGCUGCCGCACACGCUUCCAGGACACACAGAAGCCGUCCCAAGAUGAGUGGGUUCUGCCCGCCCAUCUCUGUGAGUUCCUGGAGAGCCACUUCCUGGAUGAGGAGGUGAAACUCAUCAGGAAGAAGGGCAACCACCUGACUAACCUCCGCAGGCUGGCCGGCUCCCAGGUUGGGCUGGACGAGCAUCUCUUUGAAAGGAUCACCCUCCACUGCGGCUAG